UUGCGAGAAGGUGAAUUCCAUGAACCUCCUUCUUUUCAUGGCUCCCAUAGCUGUUGUAUUUCUACUCCCGGCAACGCUCAUUAUGGAAGAAAAUGUGGUCGGUACCACCGUUGCCCUUGCCAGAGAUGACGUCAAUAUCGUUUGGUAUCUAAUAUUCAAUUCAGCGCUUGCGUACUUCGUGAAUUUGACCAACUUUUUGGUCACGAAACACACCAGUGCCCUCACGUUGCAGGUUCUAGGAAAUGGAAAAGGAGCUGUAGCUGUGGUGGUUUCGAUUUUAUUUUUUAAAAAUCCGAUCUCUGUCACCGGAUUGCUCGGCUAUACUCUCACAGUCUCCGGGGUCAUACUCUACGGCGAAGCCAAGAAACGAAACAAAAUUUCCCCGGAAAAUCCCGGAAAAAGAAAAAAGUUGUCGAAUUGGUCUUUUACAGAUUUAUCUGUUACUAACAUUUCUAAUAUUGAUUUUUUAAUGAGAAAAACCUCAUAA